AUGGCUGUAAAAAAAUGUUGUAUUGACAACUGUAAUUCACGUUCUACAAGAAAGGAGGACAAAGGUGUAACAUAUCACAAGUUUCCUAAAGAUGUUACAUUACGUGACACUUGGAUGUCUGUAGCACAUAACACACUCUAUGACCCAGACCUGCCUAUGUAUGUGUGCUCAAGGCAUUUUUGUAAAACUGAUUUUCAAAUAUACAAGGACUCUAAAUACAUAUUAAAAUCAGAUGCUGUACCAUCAAUAUUUCCGUGGAUUAUAGCAAACAUUGAAAACGAGAUGGAGUCUGUAAAAUCAACACCAGAACCAAUGAAUGAUGAGGGAGCUGCAUCAAGCACUUACAAAGAGGAAAUUGAGAGUGUUGAUGCAAUUAAAAGGUUUAUUGAAGAACAGGAGAAAGAGAUAAAAGAAUUGAAGAGUGCAAGGAACACUCCAAAUAUUGAAAAAACAAAUGACGAUAGUAUGGAUAGUAAGUUAAGUCAUAGUGAGACCAUAUCUGUGGCCAGCAGUGUCAUAGAUAUGAUCAUAAAUGAAUCAGAGCUGGAGAUAGCUAAGAAGAAAGAUGUAAAGAGUAAGAUUAUGAGUCCAGAGGAUAAAGGUAACAGCAGUGUAGCUCUAUCUGUUGGUUCUAAAGUAGAGGCUAAGGACUUUAGUGACGACUGGCAUUAUGCAGAAAUUUUAGAGGUUGACUAUGAUGAAAUGGAAGUACUGGUGCAUUAUGAAACUAAAGCAAAAAAACACGACGAAUGGAUAAGCGUAAGCAGUCCACGUUUGAGGCCACUAGGCUCUUCCCCGGUGAAGCCUGGGCCUAGUUCUGCAGAAAGCGCAUCUUCGGAAACAAUACCAGAUGCUCUCACUAAUAAAGAGGACUCAGAACCUAAAGUGGAAGAGAAAGUUAAACCGACUUUUGUUGUUGGGGAACGUUGCCUUGCUCGGUGGCGCGAUAAUCGACGUUUUGUUGCUACCAUAAUUAAUGUGUUGGAUAAUGGUAGUUACGAGAUUGUGUUCGAUGACGGAUGCCACUGGACAUGUAAAGUCUCACGGUUAUAUAAACUAAGGCCGGGUAAAGAAGGAGUUUCAAGCGGCGCUCCCAAUUCUCCCGCUACUCCUUCCCCGCAAUACGCGGCGGGCCCCACGAACGUGACCCCUCAAACGAACACAUAUCCUGCUUAUCAUACACAUUUAUUUGAUCCUACCCGAGACUAUUUAGGGUCUAAAAGUGAACGUCGCGAAAUGAAACGCAAACUUAACAUAAAGGAAAUAUUCAAUAUAGGUCAGAAAAAGCAAAAAACGCAUAAGAUUGACAAAGAAAAGCCGCAGAGAACUCCGGUCGUGAGAAAGCCAAGAAUAAUUAGAAGGAAAGCUUUGAAAUUAAAAAAGGAAAUAGAGGUCCAGCCAGAGGUAAAAACUGAGAAUGCUGCUGUGGAUGCCGUGGCCUCAAUAAUUGGAACUCUUAACCAAGAAACUCUACCUGAAGUCAAGGAAGAAAAACCAAGCUCUUCUGAAGAAUCCGUACAAGAAAAGCCUUUAGAGGAAAAUAACGAAUUAACGGAUGAGAUACAAUCUGAAGCAGUGCAUAGUAGCAAAGAUAUUGUAGUACCAGCCAGUGUAGAUAUCGAUGAAAGUGACAAAAUUGAACUAGAAGACCUUAAGCCUUAUUUAGACCCUGAGGUGUUAGAGGAAGAAGUUAAACUUGAGAAAUUCGAAAAACCCGAUGAAGGGAAACACGAGGAAGUAAUAGACAGAAUUAAAGAAGCCAUCAACAAAUUGGAAGAUGGUUUGAAAAUUGAACAAACCAGUUCUCCGAAACCCGAAAUCACACUUGAAAUCCCUAAACUCAAUUUGUCCGAACCUCAAAUCGAAAAUGUGGCUCCUUUACCGGCAGAGAAAGCUACUGGAACAACUUCAGAAGUUUUAAAGGACAAAAAGAAAUUAUCUAAAAUAAAGAAAGGUAAGAAGUUAAGAUUAUUGCGAGAGAAGAAGGUAAAGAAACAAGUGGAGAAAGUGAAGUCGGAGUUAGAGGAAAUGCGAAAACAAGUGGAGGCAAUGAGAAAACAGAUGUUAAAGAGUCAAGUGAUUUCUAAAGAAUCAGAGAUGAAUAAAGAUUUUCUAUUACCGGGUGAAUGGUGCUGCAAGUGGGUGAAUGGACAGCCUGUGGGUACGGUUAGCGAGAUAGAGUGUGAGAUGAAACAGGAUGCUAGUGGCAAGAAACCGCUUCCCCGGAGAAGUGUGCAGGUUGAAGACAAGAGGUUGCCAGAGGGGUGGACUAAGCAUAUGGUGCGCAGGAGUUUGGGGCAUUCGGCUGGGAAGUGGGAUGUUGUGCUUGUCAACCCCGAUGACCGACGUUUCCAUACCAAGAACGAAAUACGUGUUUAUUUAGACAACAACCCGGACAAGAAUCUCGAUCCGUACGCACAUGCGCUCACAGACUUUGGGGUGCAUUUGAAACUGGCGCGUCGCAUGGGCUGGAUAUCGCACACCGCGGACGGUGUCGUGGACGGCCCGGACAGGCAGCUGCCAGCCGGCACGCUCAGCACUACCUCCCCACUAAUCAAACGAAGGAAAUUAAGUCUUAAACAGCAAAUUAUAAAGGCGAAAAAUAAAAUGUCCAAACUCAGUGUUAAAAUCAAGGGCCAGCGAGAUUCUAAAACUAAAAUAGGCGAUGGCGUUGCGUCUACCGAGUCAAGUCGCAGUAAUAAUAACACGUUACCCACCGAAAGUAACAUGGAAGUGACUACUCCUAAAUUGGAAGAUGGAUACGUGUAUGUGGGAUCUCUCAAAGUACAAGUAAUAGAAAAUUUACUCCGAUGUCCCGCCGAAGGAUGUUUUAAAAACUUCCGUAACAAUACACUUUUACAAAUGCAUAUAAAACAUUACCAUAGAGAUCUUAGAAAAUUGAUGGGUGCCACGCCCAAAGUUCUAGAUUUAGCAUACAAGAGAUCAAUGGAAGGUGAACCUGAAACACCGCGUUCAAAAUCCGACCAAAAGAUAAUUAAAGUCAAAAUACCUCGACCACCUAAACCUAAAGUUGAGAAAGAAGAACCAAAGCUAGAAAUCAAAGACGAGAAACUAGACAUACAGGUUGAUAGCCCUCCCUUGGCUCCGGGUAAAGUGUAUGAUAUUCCAAUGCCAAUACCUAGAAGCCAAGAUUCUCCUAAGUUACGGCAGGCGCUCAUAAACAAACCUGUCAAAAGACCUAGAGUGUUGUUACCCGUUAGAAGACCGGAUCCAGAACACGUAGCAGUCCCAGAUCCGGUAACCGACGAUUUAGACUUUGACACAAAGGAAUUAAUAGAACCGGUUAUAGAAAUCCCUGAAAUUGAGACUUUAGAUUUCGAAACGGCGAUAUCUACCCACACGGUGACAAAACCAUGUGUUGAAAAGAGACAUAAGGGAGAAAAGAAGAAGAAAACGUUCGCGUUACCUCCCAGAGGACCAAUGAGCGAGGAGGAAGAUUGGUUUGCUAUGAACUCUGAUGUCGACACGAGGUCGAGUUUCCCGAGAUCAGGGACCCCUGACUCUAAAAUCGACGUUAAAGCAGCUCUUGUGUCGUCCGAGUCUAACGAAGAGAAUAAAGAGCUCUCUAAUAUGUACAUGUACAAUGAAAGUGGUGAACGUAUUAAGAUAGUUCAUAUGAAACGCGAAGAAAUAAUAAACUGUCAUUGUGGGUUCCGUGAAGAGGAUGGUCUAAUGGUGCAGUGUGAACUAUGUUUGUGUUGGCAGCACGCGCUCUGCCACAAUAUACAACGCGAGGCCGAUGUUCCCGAGAAGUACACGUGCAGCAUCUGCCUGAACCCGCGGCGCGGUCGUCGCUCGGCGCGGUUCCUGCACGACCAGGACCGGCUGUACGAGGGGCUGCUGCCGGGCGCCAAGCCGUGCGAGUCGCUGCGCCGCUCGCACGAGCUCAGCGGGAACCUGCUGCGCAUACACGACGCGCUGCACGCGCUCCGCCUCAAGUACUACGUGGCCACUAAAAAAGACCACCCCAAGCUGUACCUGUGGGCGAAGGACUGGGAGCAUGCUGAGAUUCAGUACACACAGGAAAGAUUGAACUCUGACUAUUCGGACCUCAAUAUUAUGAUUAAUACCAUCGGAAAGGAGAACCUGCCGAUCAAGCCCGAUGAUGUUAAGGAUAUACCGCUGGACAUUAGGACAUCGCCAUCAGAAGACCAUGAACAGGACAGGUUUUUGCAGCGUGAUGUGCCCCUCGGUACACAGUCUCUGCUGAGCGGCCUGCUGUCCAGCCCUAGCGGACCUUCGCUGGACUUGCCUAUCAGCACUUCUGAGUUUGAGCGCCUCGCCAAAUCUGUACAAGAACAAGAGAGUCCGCGCGCGUCGAUCGCGGCGCCGCAGCCGGAGGCGGCCAUCGAGAACAGCGCGUGCCGCGAGCGCCUGCUCAAGCACCUGCAGCGCUGCCAGGCGCUCGUCGACGCGCGGCUCGACUCCAUCGAGGCGCAGGUCGCAGAAUUGGAAUCUCAAGAUCCUUCGUUUGAAGACGACGAGACCGCUGACUACUUCCCGCGCACGAAACAAACCAUACAGAUGUUGAUGCGAGAUCUAGAUACUAUGGAGGAGCUCGGAGUUGUCACCUAG